UGGUUUGGCCCACUUCCGGUUCUUACGACAACAACGUUUUGCACAUGGGGUACAGUAGCUAGAGACAUAUAGCGUUUGGACCCUUCGGAUAUUUAACAUUUCAGGUUUUUGUGAAGUUUAAAUCAUAUUACAGACGUGACAAAGUCAGAAGUUAGCAUGGGUAAGAAGAAAGCAGGCGGAGGAUGCGGACUGGGCCGAGCUCUGAUAAAGGAGAGACUGCAGACAGGCCGAGGAAACAAGAGGGGCGACACCUGGCUCCACACCAGUGAGCUGAAUGAUGGCUAUGACUGGGGACGACUGAACCUGCAGUCGGUGACAGAACAAAGUUCCAUGGAUGACUUUCUGGCCACUGCUGAAUUAGCAGGAACAGAGUUUGUUGCAGAGAAACUCAACAUAAAGUUUGUUCCAGCGGAAGCAAGAGCAGGUUUAUUAACAGCUGAGGAGAAAACCAGGCUGAAGAAGCUGCAUGAAGACAACAAACACUUCCUCAGGAUUCCUCGUCGCCCUCACUGGGAUGAAAGCACCAGUCCAGAUGCGCUUCAACAAGCAGAGAAAGACAGCUUCUUGGAGUGGAGACGAGAGCUUGCACAGCUGGAAGAGGAACAGAAGUUAAUUCUCACCCCAUUUGAGAGGAACCUGGAGUUCUGGAGACAACUGUGGAGAGUGAUCGAGAGGAGUGACGUCGUCGUUCAGAUUGUUGAUGCCAGAAAUCCUUUGCUGUUCAGAUGUCUUGACCUGGAGGCGUAUGUAAAGGAAGUGUCAGAGCAUAAGGUGAACAUGCUGCUGGUGAACAAGGCCGACCUGCUGACCAGGGAGCAAAGGCGAGACUGGGCCAGACACUUUCAGAAAGAGGGGCUGAGGGCAGUUUUCUGGUCGGCCCUGGCUGAGAGCGACAGACUGGAUGCAGAGGAAAAGGGCAUGGAAGUGGACGAUCCAGAGUGUGAAGAGAGUGACCCAGAAGAGGAAGGACAGCCAGACAAUGAAGACUUGGCCCAAAAAGGUGCAGCUAGAGAGGAAGACAUGAAGGUAGCAGAAGAAGAGGAGGUAGAUGAAGAGGGAGAAGAGAGUGCUACAGAGGAAGAGCAACGGGAAACAGUGUCUGUAGAUGAGGAGGACUGGUUCACCUGCUCAGAGGAUGAACAGGAGGAAGGGGCUGCUGUUUCAUCCAGUCAAUCCUCCUUUCACAACUCCAGCCGUCUGCUGCAUAAAGAUGAGCUGCUGGACAUGUUUAUGGCUGUUCACAGUGGGCCCAGGUGUAAGGACGGACAACUGACAGUGGGACUGGUUGGAUAUCCUAAUGUGGGAAAGAGUUCCACCAUCAACACUAUUUUCAGGAACAAGAAGGUGUCUGUUUCAGCCACUCCUGGACACACUAAGCACUUUCAGACUCUGUAUGUGGAGCCAGGCCUGUGCCUCUGUGACUGCCCCGGUCUGGUGAUGCCCUCCUUUGUUUCCACCAAAGCUGAGAUGAUCUGCUCCGGGAUCCUGCCCAUUGAUCAGAUGAGAGAUCACGUACCUGCAGUCUCCCACGUAUGUCAGUUGAUCCCUCGGCAAGUGUUAGAGGGCACCUACGGCAUCAACAUCAUCCGACCACGAGAGGAUGAAGACCCCGACAGGCCCCCCACCUAUGAAGAGCUGCUGAUGGCUUAUGGAUACAUGAGAGGCUUUAUGACGUCGCACGGCCAGCCCGAUCAGUCCAGAUCAGCCCGGUACAUCCUGAAGGAUUAUGUCAGUGGAAAGCUACUGUACUGCCACCCUCCUCCACAUAUUAACGCUGAAGACUUCCAGCCACAGCACAACAAGUUCCUGAAUAGAGACACGGACUGCUGCGACCUCUCCGCUACAACAAACAAACAGAAAAUCAAGAGAAUUGAAAAUGUGGUCGACAAGAACUUCUUCCAUCAGGAGAAUGUGCGGGCGCUCUCCAAGGGGGUUCAGUCCGUCAUGGGCUACAAGCCAGGCAGCGGACCUGUCGGCCCAGGGAAAGCUGGAUCAGAGGCGGUGGUGGGAAAACCCUGGAAAAAACACGGCAACAAGAACAAGAAGGAGAAAGUGCGCCGUCUUAACAAGCAUCUGGACGCCUGAUGAUGAUCUGAAAUCAAAGAACUUUUAAUCACGUCAUUUCAGCAGGAAUGGAAAAACCCUGAACUACAGCUCACACGUGAUUCCAAAGGAAUUAAUGCUGAGCAGUGUUUGUAGGUAGAUGUAGGCCCCUUAAUCCUGUGAAUAUGGAAAGGUCACGCUGUCUCAAUAUGAAUAUAUGAGGUGCAUGAUCUGUCAUGUGCCGCUCUGGAUAGAGUAUCAUAUUGGUGCAAUGCAUUCCAUCAACUGGAUCACUAGUUGUACACCAGAUCUCAACACGGUGUUUGGAAAAGGACUCAACAUCCAAAGGGUGUGGAUUUUCUUAGACAUUGAACAGUACAAUUUGUAUUUUGAAGAUGUUUUAAAAGACACAUCACAUAGUCUACAUUAACCAGAUAAAUACUAUAUGUUUGAUACUGCUUUAUCCAAAUUUAUAUACAAAUCUCUUUUUUUGCCAAUUAAAUCACAUAUUUAAAGAAUUAGCAAUUAAAAUAAUUGACUUCAGAUUUCCUUUUGAGUUAAAAAAUGAACAAAGAUUUUAACAACACUUGUUUUUGCUCCUGCUUUUCACAGGUUUAAGUUAAAGAUCUCAGACUUGAUGCACUCAAUAGAUAUAUUUCUCCUAAUUUUUGGUCGUAAAUGUGAUAAAAUCGACCUUGACUCGCGUCAGUGACGCCGCCGGUGUGUUUUGGCCUCCAGUGAGCACCCACCUGACAGGUGUGGCAUAACAAGAUGAUGACUAAACGGCAUCAUUACAACACAGGUGUGUCUUGGGAUGGUCAUGAUUAAAUGAUCACUUUGACUGCACAACACAAUGCCACAGAUGUUUCAAGCUUUGAGGGGGCACAAACUGUCUGCUGGAGGUUCGUCAUCCUCAGCAGGGUCUUGACCUGACAGCAGUUUGAGUGACUUGAGUAAGCAACUGCUCUCUGUCACUGGCCUCCGACACUUUGGAUUUUAUUGAUGGCAGUUUGAAUGCACAAAAAUACUGUCUUGAGAUUCUGAGACCCUUUGUCAUGCCAUUCAUUGCCACCAUGACCUCAUGUUGCAGCAUGAUAACGCACGGCCCUAUGUUGUCAGGAUCUGUGCACAAUUCCAGGAGGCUGAAAUAAUCCCCUUAUUGCAUUGCCUGUGUCCUCACCAGACAUGUCAUGCACUAAGCAUGUUUGGGUUGCUCUGGAUCGGCGUAUACAACAGUGUGUUCUGAUUCCUGCCAAUAUCCAGAAACUAAACAUUGCCAUUGAAGAGGAGUGAGCCAACUCUCCAAAGGCCACAUUCAACAGUCUGAUCAACUCUAUGUGAAGUUGAUGUGUCACACUGCAUGAGGCAAACGGUGGUCACACCAGAUACUGACUGAUUUUUGGGGGUAUGUGUGCCCCAAAAAAUGCUUUUCUGUAGCUCUAGUCAUGUGAAACCCAAAUAAAGGCCUUUUUUUCAAGACAAACUGCAUAUUUCAGAGUGGCUUUUUACUGUGACCAUCCCAAGGUUAGGAUGCUGUUUAAUCAACAUUUUGAUUUGCUACACCUGUCAGGUGGAUGGAUUACAAGGAGAGGUGCUCAUUCACAGGGAUUUUAAUCAACCAAAAUUUGAGAGAAAUAUAUCUGUUAGGUGCACUCAAAAAAACAAGGGUCUUAGAUUUUUAACUUAACCUGUCAAAAAUGGGAGCAAAAAAGUGGAACCUUUAAAUUUUUGUUCAGUGUAUUUAAAAAAUUAUUAAUCUAAGUGGGUAUAUGCAUUCAUGUAGGGGUACAACUCUUCUCAUUAGAAUUUAGAAUACCUCGACUUCAGAUGCCCUUAAGUUUAAAACCAAACCAAACAUAACUUUACAAUAGUUGAGAUAAAAAUGUUGGCUGCCAAAUUUACCAGUAAGACUUUUAUUUUGAAAUUUACAAACCAUAAUCCCAUAUAUUUUGAGUCUUCCUUGAUAAUACUUUUACCACAAGAUGUACAAAUAAAGAUUUUGCGAAGAGGAAACAUUUACUUAAA